UUGUUUCCCUGAUCAGCUGUUGUGAAGAAGAUGAUGACGUGGCUUCCGGUCUCACACCCGACAUUACAACAACAAGGCAGCCGAGCCGAGCCGAGCCGAGCUGGGAAGAAGAGACGACGGUACGACAACAAGAGUAAAAAGAAAUCCAAGAACUAUCCCUUCAGAAGGAUUCCCAUCGAUAAAGUUGGAAACCACCAACUUCUCCCACAGAUGAGGCAGAUGUUGUAGAGGGGAACCACACCCCCCCCACCCACUGCAGAGACAGUUUAAGCUGUGUUUUUGCUGAGUCCAGAAUGGAGAGGAUUUGAGGGAGCUUUCUCCUCAGGUCAGUCCUGAGUUUUAACACUAAGCUCUCCUGAGCUCAGGUUCUUCAGAGCCCACCCUGCUAGUAAUAUGAGCCAUGGACUCCUGGGCAGUUGAUAGUCCUGUAACCCUGGUCCUUAAGGCCCCCAACCAGAAGUAUGACGACCAGACCAUUAACUGCUUCCUCAACUGGACCGUGGAGAGGCUGAAGAGUCACAUCUCCAACGUGUACCCCAGCAAGCCGCUGUCCAAAGACCAGCGGCUGGUGUACUCGGGAAGACUCCUUCAGGACCACCUGCAGCUCCGAGAUGUGCUCAGAAAGCAGGAUGAAUACCACAUGAUGCAUCUGGUGUGCGCCUCUCACAGUCCCCCGGCCUCGCCCGCGCCCCGCAGCCCUUCGAUGGCCAACUCUUCAGCGUCUGGCUCCAGCGUGAGUACACACACAGUUCAGACGCCGCCGCCGGCUCCGCCUCCCCUGCCGGUCAGUCCAGCCUCCUCUUCCUCUUCUGUCCCCGCAAGUUCUGAUGGCCUGAGGUAUCGCGGCGGCCUCCCGCAGUACAACCCUCAGAGCCCUGCUGAUGUCUCUCAGUGGCCUAAUGGAGCUCAGGUCCCUUUACAAGGCGACCUCCCUGCCAACAUGCCCCCCCACCCCAUGCAGAUGCUGUGGUGGCAGCAGAUGUAUGCACGCCAGUACUACAUGCAAUAUCAAGCAGCGGUCGCCGCCUCUCAGCCUCCCAGCACCCCACCUCCACCCUCUCCCUCCUCCUCCCCCCAUCAACCCGCUCAGCCCAACGAAGCCGUGCAGCCCCCGCUGGGGCCCAACCCGGCCCCCAACCCUCUACCCGAGAACCAGCCGGCCAACCCCAACAUCCAGAUGAACGCACAGGGCGGGGCGGUGUUGAACGACGACGAGCUGAACCGCGACUGGCUGGACUGGCUGUACACGGUGUCCCGCGCCGGCGUCCUGCUCAGCAUCGUUUACUUCUACUCCUCCUUCAGCCGCUUCGUCAUGGUGAUUGGCGCCAUGCUGCUGGUCUAUCUGCACCAGGCUGGUUGGUUUCCCUUCAGGCCGGAGCAGCAGAACGUCGGAGGAGGAGAACGAGCCGAGCCUCCCCAGGAGGAACCAGAGAGACACCAGGACAUCCAGGACAUGGAGCGUCUGAUGGAUGAGGGGAUAGAGGACGAAGACAGGGAUGAGGAAGGAGGUGGAGGCCCAGAGGACCAGGCCCCGGCCGACGGUCUCCCCGAGCCAAGCUUCCUUACCGUCGCGUGGUUCUUCAUCAGCACCUUCUUCACCUCGCUAAUCCCAGAAGGACGACCCCAACAGGCCAACUAGGCGACCCCACACCUCCACCCUACCUCUCAUACACCCCUCUUCCUCUUGCCAGCAGGUACCGCUCUACAGAAGUAUCACGAUGACCACCUUCUUCUUUAAUGUCCUAAAUACCCCAAAAACCAUCUUCAGAUCCCCGCAUACCUUCAAACACCCUUUUAUCCCAGAGCGCCCGGUACAAACCUCCUACACGCUGCCAACCAACGGCCCGACACGUGAAACCCUCUGAAGUUUGAGAGCAGCGUUCUGUAGGACGGUCAGAGAAUAAACCAACAUGUAGAAAGUUAAUCUGGCGUUGUGUUGAUGGAGUAAGUGCUUUAGCAGUGAAAGUGAUUUUAAUUUCUUUUCAUCGAUUGUGAAUUCAUUGACACGUGGCGAUGGCCGUGAGAGACCCUGGAGGGAGCCGUCUUUCAUUUUAAGCAUCAUGCUUUUAAAUAAGGGAUGUGACGCACACACAAAGAGCGAGGCAGGAGACGUGUGUCCUUAACAAACCGCAUCCCGAGAGACAUUUUCAUGUAUGCACACAAUGUGCGUAAAGACAUUGCAGCUACUGAAGCACAUUGUUUUCCCACUUUGUGUAUUUGAACAUUAUUUACACAUGUAAGUAUAGGCAUCUUUAAUUCCUGAAUAUAUGCUUUUUUUUAAAUAAAAAAUAUUGCUGCGGUU